CUGACAUUGGUUCAGGGUUCAGGACACUUCUUGGUUCGUCUUCAGGACAGAGAGCUGGCCAACAUCACUUACCUGGAGAACAGCAAUGUUGUACAGGUGUCUCCCCUGCGGCCCGGCCUCUCCUCCAUCCUGGCCUAUGAUCUGUGUUUGACCUCUGCUGACCCUGCCGUGACCUCCAUCUCCGUCUCUGACAUCACUGACUUCCAGAUAGAUUUUGUUGACAUUGUGGAAGUGGACCACAGUGCUCUGGUUCGUGUGCGUGUUCUAGACUCUAACAGGCAACCGUUCCUACAUCGUUACCUUCCUCUGAUGCACCUCAAACUGACCCCCUCCUCACCCAUCCUCACUGUGGAGCCUGCAGGGCCGUUGGACAGCGUCUCCGUAGGUUACCGUGUGUCGGGUCAUACAGUGGGAGUGGUCAGUCUUCACCUGUCUGCAGUGGACAGCAGUGGGAGUGUCCGGACUUCCUCUCACAAACAGCUACAGGUCUACCCCAGAUUCACCCUGCAGCCACGAAGUCUGGCACUGACACUGGGCAGCGUAGGACAGGUGAAGUGGGAGGGCGGCCCCCACCCCCAGUCCAGUGUGGGCUUCUCUGUGAGUGACAGCCGCAUCGCCACGGUGACCGAGACAGGAUUGGUCCAUGGAGUGGCAGUGGGCAUGGUCAAACUCAGAGGGGCGUUGCAGACCGUCACUCAGGACACCGGAGCUCUGCUCACCUUCGCACAGGUACACACACACACACACACACACACACAUAUACUUUUGACUUGUUGAUUAUCUGGUUGUCUUUGUGUGUGUGUCAGGAUGAGGUGGAUGUGGAGGUGUUUAACCUGACAGGGGUCAGGAUCCAGGGCCCUCUGGUCAAACUGUCUGUGGGCACUGAGGUAACAGUGUAGCUUGUUUCUGUGUAAGUUUGUACGGUAUUUGGGUGCGUAUGUGCAUGUGGUUUAGUAACCCCAGUGUGUGUGUGUGUGUGCGUGCAUUUAGAUGCCAGUGUAUGUGAUGGGCAGUGACAAUAGUCAGAACCCCUUUGCUCUGGGCAGUGUAGAGUCUGGUCUCUCCUUCCACUGGAAUCUGGGCAAGCUUGGAGUACUGGAGAUACAAACCCGACACACUCAGG